AUGAACUUUGAAGAGCUCUUGAGGGAAGUCGGAGGCUUUGGGCGAUUCCAGAUUUUAACACUGCUUCUGCUCUGCUUUCCAAGACUCUUGCUCCCCUUGCAUUUCCUGCUGCAUAACUUCCUAGCAGCCAUACCAGGACAUCACUGUGCCAUCCCACAUCAGCAACAAUUUGCCAAUCUUACUAAAGAAGAGGUGCUGAUUAUCAACAUUCCAAGGGAUUUUAAUGGAGCCUUCAGCUCUUGUGAGAUGUUUUCUGAACCUCAGUUUCACCUACUGCGUAACUCCUCACUUGAAUUGACCAAUGUAUCUGUCCAGAGCUGCCAGUAUGGCUGGAUCUAUGAUCAGUCCCAAUUCAUUUCCACAAUAGCCACUCAGUGGAAUCUGGUCUGUGAGCAUAAAAGCUUGAACCAAGCAACUGCUACCUUUUUCUUCUUCGGGGUGAUGUUUGGUGCUGUGAUCUUUGGAGACCUCUCGGACAGGUUUGGUCGGAAGAGAAUGCUUCUGGUGUCCUACUUGGGCACCCUCAUCUUUGGGCUACUGAGUUCUGCCUCAGUUUCCUAUAGUAUGUUCGCAGUGACGUGGACUCUGACAGGAAUGUCUAUCUGUGGACUCUCUAUCAUCGUGCUACCUCUGGGCAUGGAAUGGGUGGAUAUAGAACAUCGCACCAUGUUAGGGGUUAUAAGCAGCCUCUUCUGGAGUUUCGGAAAUAUGCUUCUUGCUCUGAUUGCCUAUUUGGUGCGGGAUUGGCACUGGCUGCUUCUCACCACCUCUCUUCCAUGUAUAGUGGGCAUCAUCUCCGUGUGGUGGCUCUCAGAAUCUGCUAGGUGGUUGUUAAUUAAAGGGAAGCUGAAAGAAGCUCACAGACAUUUAAAAAGAUGUGCCAGAAUGAACAGAAAAACAGACUUUGCUGACAAAAUAAAUCCUGAGGUAUGUCAAGACAUCCGUACCUAA